GGAAGAAGAGAAGUUAUGAAACCGUCCCAUGUCCACAUUCUGAAGGCAGCAGAAAGUAAACAGUGUUGCGUUAGAGGAGGUUAAUGUUACUGUAACUCACUUUACACUAAAUAACAGAGAUCAUUCAAUUGACUGCUGCUUGUGUGCAGAUAAACAGCGAGUUAACAGCAGAAUAACUUCAUUUUAAUAGAAAUUCGGAGGAAAAUCAGUCAGGUUUGGUGGACAAACUGAGAAAAGACGCAUUUUUAUCUGGAGUUCAGACAUGGAGGAGCAUAACUUCGGGCGGAUUUUAGUUCUUCUUCUCUCUCUGAUGGUUUACAUCACUGCUUUGGCCGUCAACGCCUUGGCUGGAUCGGGAAAAGGACCGUUUUUGCACAGCACAGGAAACGUGUCAGCUCUGUAUGAGACAGAAAUCACUCCCGCUGGUUGGACUUUCUCCAUAUGGGGAAUCAUCUACACCUGGCUCCUGCUGAUGAACGUGUAUUUUCUGAGCUGCAUCUGCAGACGGUCUGCCACCGGAUGGAUGUAUUGUAGCCCUGCUGUUCUUCCUUACGGCUUUUUCCUCUCCUGGAUGAUUAACAUGCUCCUGAACAUCACCUGGCUCCUGCUAUGGGACCGAGAGUUGAUGAUUCCAGCACUAAUAUGUUUAGCUCUGAUCGCGUUCACUAGUUACCUCCUGAUCUUCUUCUCCUGUGUCGGUCUGCGAGCUCACGGAGCCUGGCUCAAACAGAACCAUCCCACAGAUCUCUACUGCGUCUAUGUGCUGGUUCAGAACAGUAUUGCCACUUACGCAACAUGGACGACCAUAGCUACACUGCUCAACUUAACCAUCGUGUUGGAUGUCAAGUCCAUGUCACCCACGAAUGCCGCCACUGUUUCUCUGUGCAUUCUGCUCUUAGAAGUGAUUGUAUGGUUUGCAGUUGAGAACUUUGUGAUCGAGAAGCAUGUGCGCUACAUUCUGACCAUCUACCCCAUCAUCAUCUUCGCUCUCAGUGGAAGCCUGAGCAAGCACUACGAUGCAGCAGCUCCAGGCAGGAACGCCGUGUUUUCAGCUGUUCUCUUGGCGCUGGCCUGCAUUUUCUUCAUGAUCCGACUUUUUCUGGUGAUUUGGAGGCACCGUACUCGUCCUCCCUUCCAGGAUGGGAAUGCUGAAGCGCUAAUGACUCCUGUCCACACCACAGAAUAGUAGCAGCGUGGCUUUAAAGUCAGUGGAUGAAACACCAAAGCCUUUGAAUUGAUUCCGAUUCUGUAAUGAAACACAGCCUUUAACACUAAUACUUUAUACACCAUGAUGUAUUAUGUCAUAUUUGUUAUUCAUGUGCAGUAACCAUAUAAAGCUGAAUCUGCUUUGAUACAUGGCCAAAACAUGCAUCCAUAAAGUAGCAUGAGAAAAUAUUUGCUCAGACUGAUUUUGGGCAUAUUUUUGCUCACUUUCCCACACUGGGUCUGUCCAUAUCAUUUGAUAAGUUGUGAUGAGUAGAAGAGUAAAGAAGCGGCCAUAUUUUUAGUGUUGGAUAAUUAAAUGUGAAAACAAGUAGGCUAAACUAGCAAUUCUAUCCGUGUUAUAAGUAUCAUCACUUGGAUAUAUAUAUAUCAUGUUAUAUUUGAACCAGGACACUGAAUUGAUUAACUGUAGCUCUUAUCAAGAGCUGAAACACUUCUGUUUUAUUCACUUGGCAGGACAUACAUGUGUCCAAUCCAAAACUCUAAGCAAUAAUCUAAAUGUAGAGCAUAAAUGCAUAAAUACUUUGAUUAAGAGUUCAAUAGUGGCUCUCUGGCAAUGACAGGAUUCUCAUUAACUGUAAAAACACAUUCAUUGAGAUUUUUUUCUUAAAGAUGUCUUCACUGAUAUCUGAAUAAGCAUCGCAGUGGUUCAUGAAGGCAAACUCUGAGGCCAUUGAAUCUAAUUUGAAAUGAAUAAUUCUUUCUCAAAAAUCCACUUCUGUGUAGAGGAGCUAGCAAGAAUUCAUCCAGAGUACAGAAGUGACAGUGAUAAAUAUCUAAAAUAAACUAUGUACAUAACAUCUAAGCAUUAUAUACAUAACACUGAUACAUUACAUUAAUUCCAACUUUUAACAGAACCUUUAUCUGUAGUUGUUGCAUAUGUCUAUAUGGUUUGUUUAUCAUUCAAAAUAGAUUAAUGAGGGACCGUGCAUGCAUAGCAGACAGGUAAAUGGCCAUUCCAGCUCAAGACAUGAGUGCAUAUUGAGCCGUGUUUAUUAAUAUAAUCAGAAUCAUUGAUUGCACUAAUGCCAGCUCAUCAUAUUAUCUCUAAUCAGUUCAGUAUUAAACUGUAUAUUUGUUUACAGUGACGUAAGCAAGGAUUUAAACAUUUCCUGUAUUGGAAAAAUUCAAGUUACAGCUUUACUGUUACAAAACGCUGACACUGGAGACUCAUUCCAUAAAUGUUAAGUAAAUGUCUCCUUGUAAGCUUCACAUUAUCAACAGUUACACUUAUUUGAUAAGCUUCACAUUAUCAACAGUUACUCAUUUUUUAAAUCUGUGUUAAUUUGUUAUUACUAUAGAAAUGAUAACAUAUUAGAACGAGCGCAUUAAUGUAAACCUGAGACUUGCCGUGCACCCAGAACUAUUCUCAGAGCUGCUGUUAUAGAAAAUUUAUCAGCACUAUCUGAGCAAUCAGAUUUGAGAAUUCAGGAGUGCUUUGGGAUCAAUGGAGUUAAAAAAGAGUUUUUUGUAAUAACACUACUAACAUCAAUAAGGUGUGUCUUGAUGCUUUUAUAUUUGUUAUACUGCUUGUAUAAUAUUUUAUAAAUGUUUAUUAAUAAAUGAAUGCAAUGAA